AUGGAAGAAGCAAGAGUUUACAGCAUCAAUACUGAUGAUGAGUUUUUUACAUGCGAAGAUCUCAAGGGUCUGCUUGGGUGGAACCUGGGAAGUGAUUUUGUUGAGAUUACCUGUGGUUGCACCAGUACUUUAGGUUUUGGAGACUUUGUGGGCUCACUCAGGAUUACCCAACAAGGAGAUUUAAGUGUGGUGUGUAACUGUUUUCCAGGGGCAUGCAAGAAAGGUCCCAUGGCACCCAUGAUUUUCCAAAAGCAUGCCCGAAACAAUCGCAGGAAAUGGAAGGAUUCAAUUUGGGUUACCAUGAGUGAUAAAUCCGGCUACACCAAGAAAGUGCCCCUUUCCAAUACAGUCCUGCUCCGUUAUUACAGACCCAAAGGCAGCAAUGGCAUUCACCGUUUUAAUUUUCACCGUGACGAAUUUAUUCGUUGCACAGGCUGUGGAAAAGAGCGGAGGUUCAAGAUCCGGAAUGGAGAUGAAUACCGUGUUUACUGCUACGCUGUGAAGAACCCUAAUUGGGUGUGUGCAGAUUUUGUUCAGAGUGAAUUGAAUUGUGAGAUGGAAGAGGAAAGGGCGAGCCGCAAGGGCAUUUCAGGUUAUAAAGCCAUUUUUAUAAACACUCACGAGGAAUCAAAUCAGUAA